AUGAGCUUACAGCGUCGCGCAGCUUCAAACUGGCUGGCCCAGGCCCAUGCCAUUUGCAAUUCUCCUGCCCCGUUCUUAUAUCAAACAAAUACACUCACCAGCAUUCGACCCCGUUCUUCGAACUUUCGGUCUCAGCUAAGCUCGAGCUAUUCGACCUCCGAUCCCUCCAACUCCUCUUCCAUUGAUUCGCACAUACAAACCGAAGGUGACAGUUUCACUGAACCCCCCAGCAAUGACACCGGCGAAGGUGGCCCGCCAAUUGCCUUCAAUCCUACCCCUGCACCUCGGAGAAGCUUCUUGCGGACGAAAGCCGAAACUAUAGCCAGGCCUGUUGUCAGGGAAGGACGAUGGCAAAAGAGAGAACGGUCGGAUAAACUGGGACGGAAGCCAAGAUUGACGACACACGAGACGCGGACACUUGCGGGCCUCAUCUCGAGACUGGAUCCCGAGAAACGCCCAAUCCCACAAGGGCUGGCGCAAAAAUCAAGAAAGUCAGAUGAGUUGGGCUCGGUGAAACCGGGAGAAGUGGACGCGGAGAUCUCUGAAAUCUUCGCCACGGUGUUAAAGGAUGUAAGAAACCUACAAGGUCCGCCCGAAGAUGGUAAGGUUUGGAGUCCGUGGCUUCGGGAAAAGGAAAGAGAACAGGAAAGACAAAAGGAAAAACUCGAAAACAAAGUUUCACAGACUUUGGAUGAAAUUAUUGCUUUACCAGGACAACCCGGGGCUAAGGAAGAGACGAAAGCCGAUGAACAAUCCAAGGCUGCCGUGCAAGCUCAUAAAAGCGAGCUCGGCGAACUCAUCCUAACCGAUGAAGGGCUAGUGGAGCUCUUAAGAACAGAGCAGAUAACUCUAGCUCGGGCUAUUGAAAUAGUCACUGCUCGCGAAGCUGCGAAGAUCGACUCAGCUCUCCACGGUGCCGUUGAGGGCACUACAGACAAGGACUUCUGGAAGGUAUGCCAGGACAAAGUCUUUUCUUUGGUUCAGUACCUACGCAGCGACGAGGGAGUUGCAUCUACAUCUUCAUCCGUGACCGAUUUCUCAGUCCCUGCUGGCGUCCCUAUUGAACCCAUUGUGGCAGCAAUCUACCCCAAAGUCCUACGCUUAGCGUUCGUCCUCCUAAACCUGCACUUCCCCGACUCCCACUUCAUGAGCCAAUUCCGCACAGCGAUCACCUCGCUCGGUCGUGAGUCCGCAACCCUAGGCUUUACCACCGGCCUUUUUAACGACAUGAUCUACCUCCACUGGCGCGUGACACACGAUUUUCCAGAAAUCAUCGCGCUAUGCCGCGAGAUGGAAGUCACGGGUGCGCACCCGAACAAGUCCACCAUCGGUGUCCUUGAGGGCAUUGUGCGCGAGCGCAAUGCGGACAUCGCGAAGCGUCAGGCCGGUGAGAUGUCAGAGCAGCCAUGGUGGGAUCUCCCGGAUAAUCGGAGGGCCAUGCGUAUGAUGGUUGGGGAAGACGGGGCGCUUGCGAGGCUUAGGAGACAGUUGAAUGAAGGGAGGUCGAGGAUGCAGAUUUUCAAGCCGUACUUGUAG